CAAAUCCGUUCAUGCUUUCUCUGCUGCCCCCCCUCCCCCGGCUGCACCUGAGUUCAUCUGACACCAGAUCAGAUUAAUGCCGCCUAAUCAAAAAUCUGGGAGGUUUAUACAGAUUACAGGAUUAUCUGCUGCUACUGGAUCAACCUGCACAGAGUUGGGGGGUGAAAGUACUCUGCUUUGUUUGAGUCCACUGAGAGGACCAGGUUCAAACUGAAGCUAUGAAGAAGGAACAGUCUAGAGGACACACCUGAGGAGAAGCUAAGUACAUGAUCCUGCAGCUGAUUGAACUUCACUUUAAGAUAAGAGACAGAAUAUUAGGAUCUGGAGAGAAGGAUGCAGCCGCCCACCCGGAGGAGACAGAACUCUGCUCUGCAGGCAGCAUCUGUCAUGAGCAGCAGGUCGGGUUGUUCUGCAGAGAUGGACUCGGUUCUGUCCUCUAAGCCUCGGUUCCACCUGGACCUCUGGCUCUGCUUCACCCUCCAGAGCUGGAUCCUGGAUGUGGGUCGGUCUCUUGUGACGCUGGUCCUCCCAGCAGACUGGAUUCCUCUGACCCGUCCAGGUGUCCCAGAAUACCUGCACCUCCUGUACACCCUCAGCUCCCCGCUCCUCCUGCUGAAGAUGCUUGAGCGCAGCCCCAGGAAGCCGCCCCGCCUCGCAGUCCACCUCGGCAUCAUCUCCAUCGUCACGGGAACCAGCCUCCACCUGGUGGCCGACGCCAUCACCCGACGCCUCCUUCUGAUUGGCUACCAGCUGCACCUGUCGGUCAGAGAGAAUCCAGUGAUGCAGAACGUCACACCCUCCUCACUG